AUGCCAAUCAAUGAAUUGACAAGAAUUAAAAGCGCUGAAGCCGCAAAAUUGUAUCAGAGAACCUCUAGAGUUGCUGGUCCUGCUAGCACUACAGAAGCAAGGAUUGACGACCGUUGCGCGGUGAUUUCUGACGGUGUGUCACAUGAGGGAACAAUCAAAUUCAUCGGUUACCUAAAAGGACAUUGCGAACUGUUUGCUGGCGUUGAUUUUUAUCCUCUGCGGGAUGAGGAAAUUGGAGACGGCACUGGCGUAUACCGAGGUGAAAUUUUGUUCCAUGCCGCAAAGAAUCAUGCCAGAUUUGUGCCGAUUUCUGAGCUUUAUAUCUCACAUUUGCCCAGCGCAGGCAGAAUCGCUGUCGACAAUGACAACUCUGUGGUACAGACGCAGAUAUCAAGGGAAUCACGUAAAGUGGCACCACCUCCAGUUCCACCACCACCUGUAGUUAAGAGUUUUAAUCACCACUCCAAACUGACACCACCUCCAGUCCCGCCUCCACCUGUUAUGAAAAUGGCAGAAUCACGCAGUAAAAUGUCACCACCUCCAGUUCCACCGCCACCUGUACAUGUUGAAGAUUACAUGAUUAAUCCAUUCACCAUAGGUGAUCGAGUGCAGGUGUAUCACCUCGGUGCCUGCCGAUCCGGUGUCUUAGUUUGGAUGGGCGAUGCGAUAAGCAGUAAUUAUGACCAUAUUGAAACAAGUGCAAUAGUUGUACUGGACGACCCAGCACCGCCAGGAUGGCGACUUUUAAAUAAAUCUUUAAAAUCCAGUGCCGGAGAAUUGGCAAAGGAAGUUCUGAUGCCAAUUGCUGCUCUACGUCGAGAUCGUCGCCGUCAUCGGAGCUCCUCCGACAGCAAAAAUCCACUCAAACGAGAAUGGUCACCAUCCACUCGAUCUCCAAAAAACCAAAAUUCCUGCAGUUUUGAUGACAAGCUGCUCACGACGGUUGCAAACAUGGUGCAGACACAAUUAGACAGAACACGUGAAUCAUUCGAGGAGAAAACGGCGGCUCUAUUGUCCGAGUUGAACAAUAGGGCUGAGAGAUUGACGAGAUUAGAAGAAGAGCUGAUAAAGGCUCAAAUGUCUGAGAUUGAGACUCGGGCUCGCCUCGCAGCUAGCGAUGAACGCAUCAAGCAAUUAGAAAAGCAGUUAGCGGCCGAAAAGACUACCUUCGGUAACAGAGAGCAAGCUCAUCUUCAAGUAGAUGCAGGGAAACAGGUAGAUUCACCUCCAAAAUCCAACAUUAUUGAAGCAAACGUUCCCGGAAAGGAAAAAAAGCCUGAGUCUUUUGGACAAGCUUAUAAUGGAGCUUUGCCGUCUAAUUUGGAAUCAUAUAUGAGAGACGAAGAUGACAUUCAAGUAGAAGAAUGGACGCAUUUUUAAACAUAUAGACAAAUCUGCACGAUCAAUCUGCAAUCAACAUAUCAUCUUCAACUACCCGAGGAUCGCGCAAAGAAGAAAGAUGGGAAGAAGAUAAAAGAAAAAUUUCAGAUCUUACAAAGUUGCUACUUUUCUCAGCCCUAAUUUCAUGGGCCACCCAACUACCUCGCACGAAAAGAAUAUUAACUUCAGCUUGUCUCCUUCUUCCGUUAUACCUCUUCGGAGGAUUUCUUAGUAAGAAGAGGUGAAUUAACUCUUUAUUUUGUACAUGGUAAGAAAAUUGAUAAGACAAAUACUUGCAAGAAUUUGCAAAUUCUGUGACUUCUGCAGUUGAUCGAGGGACGAUCCUCUUGUGUAUCAGAUCAAUGCCAAUAUUGGCUAUUUGUGGUAUUUAUGCUAGUUCUUAGAAUAUACUUGGUAUGAG